AUGUUAAAGUUGGAAGAUGGAGUUGAGAUAAAUGACACCUUUCCAUCUGAACAAGUAUUGGCAUUAUAUCAUGACUUAAUUCCACGGUUUACCGAUGUUGCCAACUAUUUGGUUAGCGAUAUAGUGCCAUCCGAUUUAAAUGUUCAUCAACGCCGCAAGUUCAUGUCAGAUGUAAAGAAGUUCUUUUGGGAAGAACCAUACUUGUUCCAUGUUUGUGAAGAUGAGAUUAUUCAUCGGUGUGUACCUGAAGUAGAGAUGAUGAGUAUUUUAGAAGCAUGCCAUUCGUCGCCCAUCAGUGGCCAUCAAAGUGGUAUUCAGACAGCCUACAAGAUCCUAAAAUGUGGGUACUACUGGCUAACAAUUCAUCAAGAUGCUCAUGAUUUUGCCAAAUCUUGUGAUCACUGCCAAAGGGAAAGAGGAAUUUCAAGGAAACAUGAACUCCUACUCACCCCUAUUCUAGUAAUUGAAUUGUUCAACGUAUGGGGAAUUGACUUCAUGGGACCUUUUUAUAGGGUUCAAAAUAGUGUAGCAACUCCUUAUCAUCCACAAACUAGUGGACAAGUUGAAGUCUCAAAUUGUGAAAUCAAGAAAAUACUUGCAAAGACGGUGAUCACAAAUAGAAAGGAUUGGUCAAGGAAGCUUGAUGACACUCUAUGGGCUUACUACACCACAUUCAAGACAGCUAUAGGUAUGUCUCCUUAUCAACUUGUCUUUGGGAAAUCUUGUCAUCUGACCGUAGAGUUGGAACACAAAGCUAUGUGGACGUUGAAGAAAUUGAACAUAGAUUGGGACGCGGCAUCAAAGCAAAGGAUGAAUCAAAUAAAUGAGCUUGAUGAGUUUUGCCUAAAUAUAUAUGAGAGCGCAACCUUGUACAAAGAAAGAAUGAAGAAAUAUCAUGAACAAAAGAUUGAAAAGCGAGCAUUUGCGCCCGAAGACUUGGUCCUUCUUUUCAACUCAAGGAUGCAUUUAUUCCCUAGCAAACUCAAGUCUAAAUGGCUGGAACCACUUAGAGUGAGUCAAGUCUUUCCAUAUGGUGUGGUUGAGAUAGAAAAUAAGGAUGGUACGAAGUUCAAAGUUAAUGGUCAACGAAUCAAAGCAUACAUGAACAUAGAGGAUAAAUCAAAAUCGUGGAAGCAUGGAAGAGAUGAUAUAGUUCCAUUGAUUGCUGAGUUUGAUCUGCUGAUUAGAGUGAACAGAACUACAGACCCUAGGCUCAUUAAAGAUGUUACAAAACCGAUUGGAUAA